ACUCACUUAUUGGGUUUGGUUUGGUUUGGUUCCUUGAGAGUGAAGAAGGGGUUGCACUUGCACUUGCAUUUGCACACCACGAACACAAAACCAGAUAAUAUGGAUCACAGUGCCGAUGCACAACGCACUGACCUCAUGACCAUAACCCGUUUCGUGCUGAACGAGCAAUCCAAGCACCCUGAGUCUCGUGGUGAUUUCACCAUCUUGCUCAGUCACAUUGUUCUAGGCUGCAAGUUCGUUUGCUCUGCUGUUAGCAAGGCUGGUCUUGCUAAGCUUAUUGGACUUGCUGGAGAGACCAACGUUCAGGGUGAAGAGCAAAAGAAACUGGAUGUCCUUUCCAAUGAUGUCUUUAUAAAGGCUUUGAUAAGCAGUGGACGAACAUGCAUCUUGGUGUCUGAAGAAGAUGAGGAGGCAACAUUUGUGGAGCCUUCUAAGCGUGGAAAGUAUUGUGUUGUUUUUGACCCACUGGAUGGUUCCUCUAACAUUGAUUGUGGUGUUUCCAUUGGCACAAUUUUUGGGAUUUAUUUGGUGAAAGAAGACCAGGAACCAACCUUGGAAGAUGUUUUGCAACCUGGGAAGAACAUGUUAGCAGCUGGUUAUUGUAUGUAUGGAAGCUCUUGCACGCUCGUGUUAAGCACCGGAGCUGGUGUUAAUGGUUUCACCCUUGAUCCAUCACUUGGGGAAUUCAUUCUAACUCACCCUGACAUCAAGAUCCCAAAGAAAGGCAAGAUCUAUUCAGUGAAUGAAGGAAAUGCCAAAAACUGGGAUGGUCCUACUACCAAGUAUGUGGAGAAAUGCAAGUUUCCAAAAGAUGGUUCAUCACCAAAGUCGCUAAGAUAUAUUGGAAGCAUGGUAGCUGAUGUUCACCGCACAUUGCUUUAUGGAGGUAUCUUUCUGUACCCUGGUGAUAAAAAGAGUCCAAAUGGGAAACUGCGUGUGCUCUAUGAAGUCUUCCCAAUGUCAUUCUUGAUGGAACAAGCAGGAGGACAAGCUUUCACUGGCAAACAACGGGCACUUGAUUUGGUUCCAGAGAAGUUGCAUGAACGAUCUCCCAUAUUCCUUGGUAGCUUUGACGAUGUUGAGGAAAUCAAAGCUCUUUAUGCUGCUGAAGGAAAAUAGGAAUGGACCUGGAAAGAAUUCUUUGGUUUUCGCUACUUACAUGCAAUUGUUAUUUAGUUGUUACACUAAAUAUUGUUCAUGUAUAUGUUAAGAAAACUUGUUAAUAUUCCUCCUACCACAGUUGUAGAAUAUAUUGACGGAAAAACAUAAUUCAGAUUCAGUUAACAAGUUUGUGGAAUAAAGAUUAC